GAUAUCUAAACUUUUCAAGAAAUCUACAAUCAGUAUAAAUGUGCUAAAAUUAAACACAAUUUAGGGCCCAUAUAAGUCAAGCUUACUUUUCUUACCUCAAUAUUGGCAUCUUGGUUAUAGGAAGUUUCCUGCUACAUGUUCAGUUUGUCUUUAGUGCCUUCAAUUUCCUAUAAAUAGAGACCACCAACUCUCUGCAUUCAACAUCAAAAACCACUUCACAAACACACAACACACAUAGCAAAAGAGUUGAAGAAAGAAAGAAAGAAAGAAGCAGAGAUGGCAAACUUCCCUUUGAUCAACAUGGAGAAGCUGAAUGGUGGAGAGAGAGGAGCUAUCAUGGAGAAGAUUAAUGAUGCUUGUGAAAACUGGGGAUUCUUUGAGAUGGUGAACCAUGGGAUUUCUCAUGAGUUAAUGGACAAAGUGGAAAGAAUGACAAAGGAACACUACAAGAAGUGUAUGGAGCAAAGGUUCAAAGAAAUGGUGGCAGCCAAAGCAUUAGAAGGUGUUAAGGCGGAAGUUACCGAUAUGGAUUGGGAGAGCACUUUCUUCUUGCGCCAUCUCCCGAUCUCGAAUAUCUCUGAAAUCCCUGAUCUUGAGGAUGAAUACAGGACUUUAAUGAAGGAAUUUGCUGGCAAACUAGAAAAUUUAGCUGAGGAGCUUUUGGAUUUGUUGUGUGAGAAUCUUGGAUUGGAGAAAGGUUACCUGAAGAAAGCCUUCUAUGGAUCAAAGGGCCCGAAUUUUGGAACCAAAGUUAGCAACUACCCACCAUGCCCCACCCCUGAUUUGAUCAAGGGUCUCAGAGCACAUACCGAUGCCGGUGGCAUUAUUUUGCUGUUCCAAGAUGACACAGUCAGCGGUCUCCAGCUUCUCAAGGACGGUGAAUGGAUCGAUGUUCCACCGAUGCGCCAUUCCAUCGUCAUCAACCUUGGUGACCAAAUUGAGGUGAUUACCAAUGGAAGGUACAAGAGUGUGAUGCACAGAGUUAUUGCUCAAACCGAUGGAACAAGAAUGUCAAUUGCAUCUUUCUACAAUCCAGGAAAUGAUGCUGUGAUAUAUCCAGCACCAGCAUUGUUGGAGAAGGAGCCAAUAGAGAAAGAACAAUCUUACCCAAAAUUUGUAUUUGAUGAUUACAUGAAACUGUAUGCAGGCUUGAAGUUUCAGGCAAAGGAGCCAAGGUUUGAAGCCAUGAAAGCAGUGGAAGCCAAUGUCAGUUUGGGUCCUGUGGCAACAGCUUAGAUAUAUUAUGUUUGAAAGAAUAGAAAUUUAUAUACUUUUUUCUAUUUUUCAUAUCUUUAAGGGGUGUCAGCAAUCUAUAGAAAUAUGUUUUUAUAAUUUUAGCCAGUUAUCUUCUACCAUAGAAAAGUGUGCUUACUACAUAUAGAAUAAUGACAAAAGAGUGUUGUACUAAUGUUCAAUUAAUUUUUUGAAAUAAAAUAGUAUCUGGUGUGCAAUUGUCUA